UAUUAUUGACACUCCGAAUUUGCCGGAAUAAGAAUAUUUACGGAAUAGAGGAGAAUUAGUUGGAAUAAGUGUAUUAUUGACGCAUAGAAUAAAACGGAAUAAGGUGUAAUAAGAAAGUCAGAAUUGUUAUUCCGGGGAAUAACUAAGCGGGCAGAAUCGAGCGAAUAAGGCAGUUAUUCCAUGUUAUUCGUUCAAAAUUCAUUAUUGACUUACAUCUGCUUUAGAAAUACAUACAGGUAAGAAAUGUAAACUGUUUUUAGUUUGUAAUUAUCCUUUUUUUUAUCCAUUUUAGGUGAUAUAAUGGCGCGCCCAUCUCGAACCAAUGUGCUGAUCGGAAUUGACCGUGCUCAACGCAUUUACGACGAAGACCAUAACAAUAGACGACCAUACAUAAUGCUAGAACGAAGAAAAAUGCACUCGUGGGACGAUUUUGACUUUUUUUCUCGAUUCCGUAUGACAAAGGCAAGAUUUGUACACGUGCUACACUUGAUUGUGCCUUACAUGCCAGAGGUACAUCAAAGACAACGCUAUAUCUCACACGAAGUGCAGCUACUAUGCACAUUGCGUUUCUUGGCUGCUGGUAGCAUGCAGUCUAUCGUUGGUGAUAUUAUAGGAGUUUCCCAACCUACGAUUAGCAACUUGUUGCCAAAGGUGUGCAAAGCAGUUCUGGGACUACUGCCUGACAUAGUUAGAAUGCCGCGGACACAGGAGGAACUAAGAACGGCGGCUGCCCUUUUCUACAUGUUUGGAAAUUUGCCAAGAGUCAUUGGAGCCAUUGACUGUACACACAUAAAAAUUCAGUCACCGGGAGGCCCAAACGCGGAAAUAUUCCGAAACAGGAAGGGAUAUUUUUCUUUGAAUGUACAAACCGUUGCAGCAGCUAAUCUCAAAAUCAUGAACAUUGUUACACGAUGGCAGGGUUCGGCACACGACUCGACUAUAUUUCGGUCGAGUGCACUAUGGCAGCAAUUCGAAGCGGGCGAAUUUCGCCACUACAUUUUAGUCGGUGAUCCCGGCUAUGCCAAUUCUCCCUUCCUGGCAACGCCAUUCGCAGAAAAUAGUUCUGAGCUUCGCGCUGGAUUACAACACGUACAGGAAUAUCAGCGGGCAAUUAUCGCCACCAGGAAUUGCGUGGAACGCUCAUAUGGAGUGCUGAAGCGACGCUUUCCAGCAUUGGCCUAUGGUUUGCGUGUCAAAACAUCGACUGCACAAAUGCUUGUUGCGACCGCUGCAGUACUCCACAACAUCUGUUUUGAUGAGAAUGAGCAAUUACCCAACACACCACCUGGCUUCACGAGCAACGAAAUAGAGAUCAACAGUGGUGCGACAGAAGAUACUCCAAAUAGUAACUAUGGCAGGAAUGUACGCAACGAACUCCUCGAUAUGUUUCGUCGCCAAGUGAACACACACACCAAUCACUUGCCUUGAUUAGAAAAGGGAGGAUAAUUUCAUUUAAUUCAUUUA